AUGUCCCCGGAGCCGUCGAAUUUGACGGCUCAGGACGAUCUUGAGGCGCGUUCCUCCCUCGACUCCCACCCCCGUGAAUCUCGCCCCCGUCGGUCACGUCGCAAGAAGGACGACGAACCGUCCGCCCGACCUAAGGACAGGAAAGAGGAGAAGAAGGAAGAGAAGGAAAAGGCCAAGGACAGGGAUCCCGAUCGGAAGGAGGACAAGGAGAAUCAUCCCGACAAGGAACCCAAACGCGGUAAUCGUCGUCCCCGGGACAAAUCCGCCUCCACCUCCACCUCCACCUCCACCUCCGCCAACAACCCGGCCGCGUCCUCCCAUUCUCGCAAAAAACCCAAGUUGGAGGAGGAGGCGGUCGUCGACCACGUCCGCAGCCCGCCGCGUCCCCUUCCGUCCGCCAGCCCGGCACCCCCCGGUCCCGGCGCGCCCCAGUCCCUACCUCCCCACCACCUCCGUCCGCCCCUGCUAUCCUCCUCCCUCCCCCUGGCGUCGUAUCCCGCGCCCUCCUAUCCGACCACCAUGGCGCCCGCCGGGGCCCCCCAACCGCCGCCCCCCGCGCGCCCACACUCCCAACCCGCGCCGCCGCCACCCACGCGCACCAGCGGUCAGAACUUUGAUCCCAUCCGCUCCGCCUUUGACACCGCGUCGCCCGCCCGGACGCCAACCCACACGCCGGCCCCCAUGACCGCGUUCAGCCCUCCGGCGCGUGCCGUCUCCCCGCGGGCCCCCUUCCGCGCCAGCGCCUCGCCCUCCAUCGCCAGCAUUAUCGACCCGCCCCUGCCGCCGGCCAACGCCUCCCCGCCCAUCUACGCGCCCCGGCCCUACGCCUCCCCCGGUCGGGGUCCGUCCGCCUAUCCGCCGUCGCCCGCCCCCGCCCCGAUCGCCCACACGCCGCCCCAGUUCCCGUCCUCCACCACCACCACGACCGCGUCCCCCCCCUACGCGCACCGCUCCCCCUACGGUCCGAUCCCCCCGCAUCCUCCCCCGCCCGCCCCGGAGUCGCGCCCCGUGCCCUCGCCCGCCCCCGCGCCCGCGCCCGCGCCCGCGCCCUCGCCCCCCCAACAGCCGGCCCCCACCCACACCCCGGCGCCGGCAGCGACUCCGACAGCAGCCCCGGCCCCAACUUCGGCGGCGCCGUCCGAACCCCGGGCCCCCGCCUCGCCGGAGCCGACCCCGAUGGAUGUGGAUGCGGAGCCAGUGACGGGGUCGAAGGCUCCCAAGAAGGAGCCCAAGGGCAGCGCGACCGCGCCGUCAUCCAACGCGCCCUCCCCCAAGGCCGCCCGCCCCUCGCGAGAAGCGCCCCCGCCCCUGCCCCAGGGGUCGGGGUUGAUCUCCAACGCCCUGUUCGGGGUCGACGACGGGGGCGCGACGGACGAGUCCACCUCGCGGCGCCACCCCAGUAUCGUCCUGCAUAUCCCGCUGCAGACGGGGGCGGGCAAUCACAUCGUGAACUUUGCCCGCCUGGCGGAGGAGCAGUACGGCUUUGCCGCCUUGCACCCCCGGCUGGCCGCUCACAAGGAGCGCCUGGCCCGCGUGGCCGCCGCUGGCGCCGCGCUCGAGCGGCAGGAUCGACCCGGUCGCGGCGGUGGUCUCUCGGCGGGCGAGAGCGCCGAUGAAGAUCUAAGCCUGGAGAUGGACCGGGAGAGCGACCUGGACGGCGAGACGGGCUCCGCGGCCGCCGCCGCCCGCGCCAACGGCACCGACGCCGCGGACGGCCAGAAGAAACGCCGCCGGAAGAAGAUGGAGGAGUAUGACCGAGACGAUCCCUUUGUGGAUGACAGCGAGCUGGCCUGGCAGGAGAGUGCUGCCGCCAGUAAGGAUGGAUAUUUCGUCUACAGCGGACCGCUGGUCCCCGAGGGGGAGAAGGUGCAAGUCGAACGCGCGGAUGGCACCAUCAAACGUGGCCGAGGCCGCGGACGUGGUGGUCGCAGUCGCGGACCACCGGCUGCGCCGCAUCAGGUCCCCUUGGCCGCUGCCUCCGUCCCCAUUUCCCAAGAGACCGGUCUCCCGCUCCGCGGCCCGGGCUCCCGCGGCGGCAGCACGACGCGUCGGCCGCGCCCGCGUCCCCGCAAGUCCCAAGCCGACGAUGCGGACAAGUCGGGCGGCGGGUCGACCCCGUCCCAGGGUCGGGGCGGGGGCACGGCGGGCCGUGGGGGUGGAUCAGCAGGGUCGCGCAGCAGCAAAACCCCGUCGAUGGUCGAGCUGGCGCCGCGACCGAACAUCGCCCCGGCGCCCCCGGGGCCCAGUCCUUUGGCCGGGUCCGAAGUGAUGUCGAAGUAA